UUCACCGAACUGAUUGAUGAGCGUAUUCGUGCUCUCAUGCGAACUGAACUGGCUAAGGCCGUCUCCGCUGAGGCUGGAUUAGUGUGUGCCAUGCUGCAGUCCAAAUUAUGCCACUCAGCCACACAGCCUGGGUCCCAACCGAUUGCAUCUGACUCUAUUGAGGUUUCAUUCCCAGGAGAGGCACAGGCUUUGCCAAAGGGGAUGAGCACAUCACUUUACGAUUUUUCUUCACCAUCAAGUGAUGCCAGAAUGCAAAUGCGCAACAUUCGAUCAGAAAAGCCCUUAGAAUUGAAGGGAGUCGAGCAUCAAUCGUUGGCUAGUACGGAUUUUAAUGCUUUAAAUGCCAACCAUUUCAUGCCUAAUCGGAUUGCUUUAAACAACCCCCCUAUUUCCUUCUCUCUCGUUUACUCACCUUUAUUUGCUGAUCUGCUGCCACCUGUAGAUGAUCACAAGGCUACUUCAUGCUGGUUAUCUACUGUCCCGAGUUCUAUGAUUCCAUCCUCAAACCCUCCCGAUGGCAUACCCAUAGUGAUGACCGUCGCACCCACUGUCGUUUCUGAUACCACUGCCUUUUGUCACUCGUCAGCUUGUAUGGGGCCUACGCACGUAAAGCUGAUUGGUUCACCGCGUUGCCAACAUGCUCAUACUGUAGGUUCCGUAGCAAUAUAA